AUGUCGGCCUUUUCCAUCGACGAAGCCAUGGCUGAUGCCUUGGAGAAUCUCAACCGCAUUUCUUGCCAUUUCCGCAAGCAUGAGCUGCACAAUUCUGCGAAUAAAGUCGGAAAACUGAGCGUCCAGAUCGUGAAUGCAUUCUCCGAAGGCAUUGAACAUCUGUCGCCUGAUGAAUAUAUCUUCGGUGAUGAGGGUAAGGAUUAUCAGAGCACCGACGCUGGUCUUUCCAACCCUAGUAUCUCCGAUACUUUUCAGAGAUAUAACUUUUCUAGUCUCGUGACCCUGAUCGAGAGAAUGACCAAGGAGAACGUUGGCAACAAAGAUGUCGGCAUUAAGGCGAAUUUCGGCAACAUGGAGAACGUCGGCGGCCAUAUCGACAUGCUGCAGAAAGUCUCUACUACUGACGAGCAUCUCCCACAGCAGCAGCCGCCCGGAAGCUGGGCCCAGGUCGCCGGCACCAGUGCCACUUCCGUGUCAGGUCUUCCAAUCUAUUGUCCAGAGACAGCCCAUUACAUGUCUCCCCUGUCUCUGACUACGGCCUCCGUAUCCAGGCAGAGUCAGAACAGUGAUGAAGAUGGUACUAGUGAUCCCCAGCUUCCGGGCCUCGGGGUUGCCUUACCUUCCACCGCCGUGGCGCCUGAGGUCCCCGAGGCCAAGGCAGGGGUCAUCCGCAUCUACGGAAGAAUCUCAAAGGACCUCAUCCAGUUCAUCACCACUCGUAUUCACGAGGGUCCGCUGCAGGACGUUCGCCUGGAGACCAACGGAAGAACACGGGUGACCUUCCAACAUGCGUCUCACGCGCUUGCCUUUUUGAAGUCCAACCAGGAGAUGGAGCAGAUGCUCGGCUUUGGACGCUUUGGAUGCGGCUAUCACGUUGAGCUGGCCGAGAUCCUUGAUUGGAACGAAGAUCUCUGUCGCAUGAAUCAACCGAUUCGCGAGCGCCGCCGCCUCUCUUUUGCCAGAAAGAGACUUUUUGCCGAGAACAUGUCCCCCGAGAAGUGGAAGCAGGACGUGCGCACCUUGGCCGGACCCGGAAACAUUGACUUCCUUUGGGUCUUCAAUUCUGGAAACGCAACCGCAAUCUUUACGAGCACCGUAGUUGCUCGAAAGGUCCUCGAGGUGUUCAAUAGAUGGAAAGACGGCCGCAACGUGUAUAGUGGGGUUUCCGUGACUUUCUCCUCGGAUCCCUGCGAAAAGGAGUUAGUCCUCGUCAAGGAGACCUCUCGCUCCGGCCUGGCUAAAGGCUACAUGAAGAGAUCGAUGCGUUGA